AUGACUAAAAAGAACCUAUCUGAACGCGCUAAACGCUCGCCGCGAUAUCUGUACACAACCUACCGCACUGAGUGUGAAGAAGCGUUUCCGGCCACUUUUGAAUUUACGGAUGAAAGGACCAAGUACGGUCUUCCCGUGAAGCCUCUUUAUAAGCCGGAUAUUGGCGUGACAAUCCCCGUUCCGAUGUAUUAUGCCGGCUUCGUUGUCUCUGGCCAGUGGCUUUCCAAUUGGAACUACCGUCACCGUUGCAGCGGCAGGGAUACUAUCGCCGCAGCGGCGGUUGUCCAGUGGAGAAAGAUGGACAAGCCAACGCCCCUUCUCACACCCCGAGUGCAUCCCUGGCCUACUGGCGAUUCCGUGAUCUACUUCGUGUCCCACCCAGCAGACCGAAAAGAACUCAAGUACCUUUACGACCAUCGGGACACCGUUCUUGAAGCCUUCCUCGAGGUCAUCGACUUUUCCCCGGAGGAGAAAGAUAUAAUCAGAACAAAGCUGUUUAAAUGGCAUAGGCUUAUGCCUACAACGAUUUCAGAGUUGGACCUCGACGAACCUUUACCGGUGGAUAAGUGUUUACAAUACACAGGGCCUGAACCCCAGUUCGAGUCUGACUCCGAGUACGAAUCUGGCUCCGAGUACGAGUCUGACUCCGGGUGA